AUGGACAGGAUAUUUCGUGGUAUAAUGAAGUACAGGCGGACGAACAGGGCGAAGAUGGUCGAGCAAUUCGUCCAGGUGAAAAACAACCCGGAGCCAAAAGCUUUAUUUUUCACUUGCAUGGACAGCCGUAUGUUGCCUGCUCGAUUUACUGAAACCAACAUUGGUGAUAUGUUCAUUGUUCGAAAUGCUGGAAAUUUGAUUCCACAUUCGCAGCAUUUCCUAGAUGAAUAUACUACAUGUGAACCAGCAGCCUUGGAACUAGGAUGUGUACACAACGAUAUAAGGCAUGUUAUCGUUUGUGGGCAUUCUGAUUGCAAAGCAAUGAACUUGCUGCACCUGCUCAGGGACACGGAAUUUGCUAGCAUCGACAACCGCCGAAUGUCGCCGCUUCGAUCAUGGCUCUGUACGCACGCAAUAUCAUCUUUGGAAAAGUAUCAACAGCUGGAAACAGCCGGCUUCGACACACCACUCAUUUUUCAGGCCGAGACACCCUUACGCAGAAUUAUUGCUUACAUUGAUCCGGAAGACAAGUUUUCAGUUACAGAUAAGUUAUCACAGGUUAAUACCCUACAGCAGAUGCAAAAUAUUGCCAGCUACGGUUUCCUUAGGAAACGUCUAGAGGCGUAUGACCUGCAUAUACACGCUCUUUGGUUUGAUAUAUAUACCGGGGAUAUAUACUAUUUUAGUAGACAGAGCAAAAAAUUUGUUGAAAUUAACGAAAAAAACGUGGAUAAACUAGUGGAAGAGGUUUCUAAGUACUAUUGCUAA